GCCAUCAUGUCGGCGCUGGGGGCGCUGGAGGCCGCGGCCCCGGCGGGGGCAGGGGCGGCCGGGGCGGCUCUGUUCCGGCCCCUCAGCGCCGAGGACGGCGAGCAGCAGCCGGCAGAGAUCGAGUCCCUCUGCAUGAACUGCUUCCGCAACGGAGUGACACGGCUGCUGCUCACCAGGAUCCCCUUUUUCAAAGAGAUCAUCGUCAGCUCCUUCUCGUGCCCCAGCUGCUCCUGGUCCAACACGGAGAUCCAGGCAGCGGGCAGGAUCCAGGAGCAGGGCGUGCGCUACACCCUGGCUGUCAGCUCCCGCCAGGACAUGAACAGGGAGGUGGUGAAGACUGAGAGUGCCUCGGUCCGGAUCCCAGAGCUGGACUUCGAGAUCCCGGCCUUCAGCCAGAAGGGAGUGCUCACCACCAUCGAGGGCAUCAUUGACAGAGCGGUGGCAGGCCUGGAGCAGGACCAGCCCGCCCGCAGGGCGACAGACACAGAGGUGGCAAGGAAGAUCGACGAGUUCAUCGGUAAACUGAGGCAGCUGAAGGAAGUGCGGUCCCCCUUCACCUUUGUCCUGGACGAUCCCUCCGGGAACAGCUUCGUGGAGAACCCGCGGGCACCGCACAGGGACGAGGCCCUGCUGGUCGCUCACUACAGGAGGAGCCCCCAGCAGUGCGCCCUGCUGGGCCUGCAGGGAGAGGAGGCCGACGCCAAGCCACCGGACGCUGCCGAGGACCUGAGGGACGAGGUGCUGCAGUUCAACACCAACUGCCCCGAGUGCAAUGCCCCGGCCAGCACCAACAUGAAGUUAGUGCAAAUCCCUCACUUCAAGGAAGUGAUCAUCAUGGCCACCAACUGUGACUCCUGCGGGCACAGGACCAACGAGGUGAAGUCUGGAGGGGCCAUCGAGCCGCAGGGCACCAGGAUCACCCUCAGGAUUACGGACCCUUCCGACAUGAGCAGGGACAUCCUGAAGUCAGAGACGUGCAGCGUGGAGAUCCCCGAGCUGGAGUUCGAGCUGGGCAUGGGAGCGCUGGGGGGGAAGUUCACCACGCUGGAGGGGCUGCUGAAGGACAUCCGUGAGCUGGUGGAGAAGAACCCCUUCACGCUGGGGGACAGCUCCACGGCCAGCAGGACGGGGAAGCUGCAGGAGUUCCUUGGGAAGCUGCAGGAGAUCACCGAGGGGAAGGCCCAGGCUCACUUCAUCAUGGAUGACCCCGCAGGCAACAGUUACCUGCAGAACGUGUACGCCCCAGAGGAGGACCCGGAGCUGCACGUGCAGCGCUACCAGCGCACCUUCCAGCAGAACGAGGAGCUGGGCCUCAACGACAUGAAAACCGAGGGCUACGAGGCGCAGCCGGCCUCGGGGCGGUAGCGGGGCCCCCGCAGGCCCGCAGCCGCUGCCCAGCGGCUCCAGGGACCAGCGCGGCGGUGGGGCCGGGACUGUCCUGGGCCUCCGGGCCUCCUGUGGGAGGUGCCGUGGGGCAGGGGGUGUCGGCUCCCCAAUAAAGGUGAUGGACAACGCU